AUGCGCUGCAUCUCUGAGCGUCAGUUCGGUAACAUCACCGUUGUCCUCGCUGUCGGCCUCAUUACGUCAAGAGUCCAGCAGAACCUUCUGCACCCUCAAUACCAUGAACUCAAACUAAAAGUGGCCUCAGAGCGGCAGACGAGUGAUGCUGAGAGGACCAGCUCAGCUGUUCAGUCUAACGAAUCUGACCACUGGUGGUUCUGUGUUCCAACUGAGCGUGAGAUUGUGAGGGACAUUAAGGAAAAGCUGUGUUACGUAGGUCUGGACUUUGAGAAUGAAAUGACCACCGUAGCUUCAUCCUCUUCCCUGGAGAAGUUCUAUGAGCUGCCCGAUGGUGAGAUGAUCACUAUCGGCAAUGAUUGUUUCCGCUGCCCAGAAACCCUCUUCCAGCCCUCCUUCACUGGCCAUGUUAGAAUGUUCUCCUCACUCCUCUCCUCAGGCAUCAUGAAGCGUGAUAUCGACAUCUGUAAGGACCUUUACGCCAAUAAUGUCCUCUUUGGAGGUACCAACAUGUGCCCAGGUAUCGGAGACUGGAUGCCGAAGGACAUCAUGGCUCUGGCCUCCAGCACCAUUAAGAUCAAGAUCUCUCUCUCUCUCUCUCGUAAGUACUCAGUCUGGAUCGGUGGCUCUAUUGUGGCCUCUCUGUACACCUUCCAGCAGAUGUGGAUGAGUACGAUGAGGCUAAACCUUCCAUCGUCCAACAAACACACACACAGCUCUCAUCUCUCCUCUGAAGCUCUGUAG